CACCACAAACAGACCACUGUUCGUCCUGCACCGGCGGGGACACAACACACAGCCACUGACUCAGUCGGGACAUGACUGAUAGCAACUAGCUGAGUACCGGCUCCCAAGAAGAUUUUUGCUGGGAAAAGGGAAAAACUGGAUAUAGAGGGCAAAAUCCCGUCAAACCAUUUUUUUUCUUUCUUUUUUUCUUUUUUUAAAAAGAGGUCGCGAUCUAAAACAGCCGUGUUUGCUUUCCCAGCUACCGUCACUUGAUGAUACCACUGAAGGAGUCGGUCAAGUGCGGUGAACUUUGGGCUUAUUAUUUGGCUGUUGUAGUGGUUAGUGGUUUGCAACUUUCUCAGGGUACAUUUAACUGCACUUCAUUGGGCAUUGUUAUCACGAGAGGGUGUUGUUAAGUUGAACAUGUUGGCAGUAAAUGAUUUACUAAAGCAGUUCUGCGGCAGUCCCGCUUUGCUGAUAGCAGGCAUUGCUGCAGGCACUGAGGCUCUUUUGUAAAGUGCACUUUCAAGGUUACUUAUUAGGCAGCGACUUUGAUGUGGAUUAAAUGAGACGUGCGCUCUCGUGGGUAACCCCAGCUGUAAUAGAGCACAGUAGAGCAAGGUGAGGCGGUCUGUCAGCGGUGCAAAAUACAAGUAAAAACUUCUAGGAGAAAGCUAUAUGGACAUAUAUUGGCUCUCGUAUGAGUGAAGACAACUUACCGACAUUUAUGGGGGGUCAGUGUGUAAUGCGGCUCUGACUGUAAAUCUGAAAUGGAGCUCUGUUCCAGGAUGCAAGUGCACUGUUGAAGACUGCUGUAGCGUUCUUGCUAGGGGGUAAUUCACUGCAGUUUUUAUUACGACUUUUACUGCACAAACUAACAAUAUUAGGACUAAAAACCAGUCAAAGACAAAGUAAUACACCGUAGAGAGUGAACCACCAGCAACACCGACUGAUUCCCCUCGCGCCCAGACCAUGGCAUCCACCUCGCGGAACAGCUGCUUCUGGUUGCUCUGGAGACGGACCUUCCUCGCGCUGUCCAUGUGUGCGCUGGGGGCGCGUGGAGCGGAGGAUGCCAGCCCCUUCAACGCAGAGUCAUGGCUGAGGAUGUACGGUUACCUCCCCCAGGCCAGCAGACAGAUGUCAACCAUGCGAUCGGCUCAGAUCCUGUCCAAUGCCGUCAGCGACAUGCAACGCUUCUACGGCCUGGAGGUCACUGGACAGAUGGACCCUCAAACCAUCAGUGCCAUGAGGAGACCCCGCUGCGGUGUGCCUGACAAGUUUGGAGGCCAGAUCAAAACCAACGUACGGCGGAAACGCUACGCCCUCACUGGACAUAAAUGGAACAAGAGCCACCUCACUUACAGUAUCCAGAACUACACUCCCAAGAUUGGAGAGUAUAACUCAUUCGAAGCCAUCCGGCGGGCGUUUAAAGUCUGGGAGGGAGUGACCCCGUUGACCUUUGACGAAAUCCCAUACCAGGAGAUUAAAUAUGGACGCCGCAAGGAGCCCGACAUCAUGAUCUUCUUUGCUUCGGGGUUUCAUGGAGACAGCUCUCCUUUUGAUGGGGAGGGAGGCUUCCUCGCUCAUGCCUACUUCCCCGGACCUGGAAUGGGUGGGGACACGCACUUUGACUCCGAUGAACCAUGGACCAUAGGAAACCAGAACGUACAGGGUAAUGACCUCUUCCUUGUGGCAAUCCACGAGCUGGGCCACGCCCUGGGCUUAGAGCACUCCAACAACCCACUGGCCAUCAUGGCUCCCUUUUACCAAUGGAUGGAGACUGAGAACUUCCAGUUGCCUGAGGACGACAAGCGAGGCAUACAGCAGAUCUAUGGUCAACCAGACAGUGGUCCCACCCAGGCCUUGCCCACUGUGACACCCCGACGCCCGGAGCCCAGGCCACCUCAGACACCUCCUCGGCAUCCGGACCGCCCCAGGACCACCGAAAGACCAGAUCACUACGGACCCAAUAUCUGUGAAGGGAACUUUGACACGGUCGCCAUGCUCCGAGGAGAGAUGUUUGUUUUCAAGGGCCGUUGGUUUUGGCGGGUGCGUAAGAACAGGGUGCUGGAUAACUACCCCAUGCCCAUCAGUCACUUCUGGAGGGGUCUGCCUGGAGACAUAGAUGCUGCUUAUGAGAGACACGACGGCAGGUUCGUCUUCUUUAAAGGAAACAGAUUCUGGCUUUUCAGGGAGGCUAACCUGGAACAGGGCUAUCCACUGGAGCUGGUUGAUUACGGUCGAGAUAUUCCCUACGACCGAAUAGACACAGCCAUCUGGUGGGAGCCAUCCGGCUACACUUACAUCUUUCAAGGAGACUGGUACUGGCGCUUCAACGAGCAGUCGCGCCUGGCUGACAGAGGCUACCCCAAACCAAUCAGCAUCUGGGGAUCGUCAGUGCCUUCGACUCCCAAGGGGGCCUUCCUCAGCGAUGAUGGGGCUUACACCUUCUUCUACAAGGGCUCCAAGUACUGGAAGUUUGACAACCACCGCAUGAAGAGCGAACCCGGCUACCCUAAGUCCAUUCUGAGAGACUUCAUGGGCUGCAGCGUGGACCUGGACCCAGACAGAGACACGGACACAGACUCGGGACGCAAAUUCCCUGACGUAAACCGCCCACCUUUCAACCCGGACGUGGGCCGUGACGGCGACAAGGGCAAAGACCGGGAUGGAACGGAUCGCGGCGGGACGGACAAAGACGCUGGCAAAGGGGCGGACAACGACAAAGACAAAGAUGAAGACUACCGUGAGGGCCGCGAGGAAGACACUAACGAGGUGGAUGUGGUGCUGAAGGUGGACGACAGCGAGGAACGGACCAUGAACAUCCUGAUGGUGACCAUCCCACUGGUCCUGGUGCUGUGCAUCCUGGGAUUGAUCUACGCCAUCAUCAACACGCUGCAGAGCAAAGGGGCGCCGCGGCUGCUGGUGCACUGCAAGCGCUCGCUGCAGGACUGGGUCUGACCUUUGACAUUAGGGGACACUGAACUUUGAACUUAAAUUGGACCUUAGACCCCGCCCUCCUCUAAUCCAGCCCUCUUCCCAGUGAUCCAUCUGUCUCAAGUCUCUGUGCUCAGUGGCUCUUGCAACUCGUAGUACAUGUGGUAGUAGAUCCAAUACUGUACUGAUACACACAGACACACACACACACACACACACACACUAGCAGCAAGCAUAAAUUAUGUCUUACAUAUACACCCCCACCCCCCAACACACACCACCCUAACCUCCUCCUGUCUCCCAUGGUGCUCUACAAUGCGUUGACUGUAGUCUAUUUAUAUGAGAGAAGUUUGCACAUUGUUUUUUUUCCUUCUUGUUUUUGUUCAUUUUGAGUGACUUUAUGUUGUUGUUAUUAUUUUUUCUAAACCAGGAAGGCCCCUCCAUUCUCUCUCCCGCCUCUGCACCGCCCUCCUCCUUCUCCUAAUCUCAGUAGGGGCUUUUUUCCCUCGCUGAUAACUUGACAUCUGCUUAUGCUAUCACAGUUGCCGUUCAAAAAAAGAAAUGCAUAGGGUUACAAAAGAUUUGUAGACGGACCACUAUGCUUCAAAUAGGGUUCAGUAGUGUUCCCUCCUCCUCUAGUUGUCUUGCUCCAUCUCGUCGACUUUCUCUACAGUGCAAUAUGUCAUGGGGUGUGAGGUGAGCUAGAGAGAAACAGGGUUUGGUCCAAACAGACAUUUCACUGUAGUUUACAUUAAGAGGUAUUUUGUGGGCUGCCUUCAGCCCAGAUAUCAUCCUCCCUUUGACUCCUUUUCAUUGUGAUUAGGCUGCGGUUGUAACUCUGAAGGAGUUCAGUUUAUUAGCUAUACAGGCACUGUGUUGGUUUUAAACCAUAAUUCCACUGUAUUACAACUUAGAUCUUAUUUUUAAUGGUAAUUUUAAUAGUAAUAAUAAGAUUGUACUCAUCAAAAGAAUUGCUGGUAAUGUGGUGAUGUUGCUAAAAAUAUGUGAAUCAUACAUGCUUAAAACAAAGCACCAGGUUGGCCAAACGUCUUUGGAAGAAAAUGAAAACAGAUGAAAGGUACACUGUCUGUUGUAAACCAGUUUACAGACAAGCUUGCUGGUUCUACUUUGGCCCACCGUAUGCUACUUCACAUGCAAUGAGUGAUUACUUACAUUCUGGGUUUGGUUUACCCCUAGAUAAGAUAAUCUGUCUAACAUGGCCGUCUGUUUAAAGGAAUGGUUUGACAUUUUGAUGAAUACACUUUUGUGGACGGUUAAGACAAGAUCUCAUGUGUGUAUGCUAAAUAUGAAGCUACAGCCAGCAGGCAACUGGUGUAUUUUAGCAUAAAGACUGGAAGAAGGGGCCCUAUCAGCACCUCUAAACUUUAUUAAUUGACAUGUUACACCUUCUUUGUGUAAGCUGUGCAAAAUUAGUACAAAUUCAGGUGGAAACGGGCUUUGGACAGGGUAGCUCUUCCCCCUACUAUGUCUAGCUUCAUAUUGUAUAGACAUGAGAGUAGUAUCUUCUCAAAAUGUUGAAUUAUUACUUUAAAACAUGGCAGGGUGUCUAACUGAACAUGUUUUUUGCCAUGUCUGGCUUUGUUGUCACCAUUUUGCCGUCUUCCCCGAUAUUAACAAUCAGUUUUAAUGAGUACAGUGUUAUCCUAACAGAUAGGUAUGAAAAUAAGACACAAGUUGUAAUAAUUAGUAAUUCAUCCUUUCAAUUUCCCAUUAAAUUCAGACUACUACUGCCCUGUUUUCCUUCUGUAUCUUGUGCUCACAUAGUUGGGCCUACCUUCUUUCUUUUCCUUAUUUGGAAACUAUUUAAAGAGCUCUUUGGCUGAAAGGCUAAACAGACUUUAAAGGGGAUCUCUUCCCUUAACUUUCAUCUAUGUGGCUAAUUCUCAGAGAGCCUCCUUUCUGUCAACAAUAAGACCUUUUCUUUGUGCUACAGAGGAGACAGACUAAUGGGUAAUUUAAAAAGUCAGCUCACUGUGAAAUAACACCAGAGAGGGAGCAUUUAUUGCAUCUGUGUGUGUGUGUGUGUGUGUGUGUGUGUGAGACAUAAAACAAGGUAGAAACAAAGCAAAGGCACGGCCUUUAACUUCAGAACAGGAUGUAACACCACAAAUGCAACACAGCACUGGCACGGUGUAGCUAAUGUACCAUGCAGCUUAUAAUGGACUUUUUACUGCAGGCGUUUUGUGGAAGGACACUUUUAGAAACUUCAUUGAUGACCCGGGGUCUAUCAGUUAAAUCUGUAAAUAUAGUGUAGCUGUAAGCACCAGGGUGGGCUCGGGCCAUGCGGGCUCAUGUGAACACAGACUAAUCCUCUUCAUUAAAAAACAGCAGGUGUGUGCAAAUGCUGUUAGCCCCUGCGACCCCUAAAUUAAACCCUGAACUCUCAGAAGCAAAAACACUCUCCACUCCCUUUUCAUCUUGUAUCAACAGAGGUGCGUUGAAGGGGGGUGUGGGCACCGAAAAAUGACCAUCUUAGAUACUUAUUAUAACAAUAUUAAAGAACCAUACAAGGGGUUUUGUACAUUUUACCUAUUUAAGUACAAAUCAGAGGCAACCAUUUUUAAAUUCAGGGCAUAAAGUUACGUUUGUAUGUAUUUUCCCUACUGUUCCUGACUGCCAUUGGUUUCCAUUUAAUUUCAUAGAGAGAAUGAGUCUACAAACCAGGGCUAAAAUGAGAGCGAGCAUAGGAGUGUACAACUUUCGAGUGCGACUUCAAAUAUGAAUGGGAGGAAGGUAUAUCUGAGGUCACAUUUAAGAAGUAAGCUGCCAAUCUGACCAGAGGGGGCUCAGUUCACCUGGCUCGGGUUACACAGAUGUGGACAGGGAGGGUGAAGAGAGACUGAAUUUCCUGCAGCUGAGACAAGGAAAGGGGGGAAGGGGGAGGGAGGCUGACCUCGUCUCCCAGAGCUUGCAAAGUUUAGAUCUCAGGAAUAAGGAGGGGUGGGAAGAGUGAGGGGGGCUUUGAUAGCUCUGUUCCACUGGCAGCAGCUCAUGUGACCUAUAUUCUCCUGCUAGCUCAACAACAUUGUUAGCCAAAGAGGAAACCUUAGCUUACAGUAGGUGACAGUCCCUUUUUAGGACUGUAAGUGCUUUGCUGGUAGUAGUGUAUGUACCAGAGGUGGGACCAAGUCAAGUCUUUGCCCUCAAGUCCUAAGUCAAGACUGACGGGUCCAUAGUCAAGUCCAAAGUCCUAAACUUUGAGUUUCAAGUUCUAAACAAGUCAUAAUGCACUCUUCACCAAAUGUAAUGCCAUUUUACAACAGUAUGAACAAAACAAAAUCAUCUUUGGUAUAAUCUUUUCCGAUUUUCUCUCAGUAACGUCUUCAUCGUUCCCUCUCGCAACUUGAUUGGAUGCUGUUGGAUUGGUUCAAAACGUGUCGACUUGCAGAAAAUUACAGAACUUCAAUAUUCCUGACACACUUUUUAAAUAACAAACAAGUGCAGGUGAAGUCACAAGUCACUGUUGUCCAAGUCUUUUUUGAUUUUAAGUUGAGUCUAAAGUCUUCAAACUCAUUACUUGAGUCUGACUUGAGUCUACACCUCUGGUAUUCCCCUCAUGACUUGUUUUAAAGCCCUGCAUAUUAAUUCUAGUUGUGCCUCACAAGUGGUAGCAGUAUUGGUACAUCUGUCUGUCUAUUUUGGCAGUCAUUUUGACGGUAUGUUGGCAGACAGCGCAGAUACAAAACACUACUGCUGUUAGGCCUCCAGCACGAGAGGUGAAGACAGGUUGAGGUGAGACACCUGCCCAGACAGAGUCAACAGGACACCUGUACUGAAAGGAAGAAAAGGAAGAGCAUUAUCAGCCGUCACCAGAGGUCUGGAGAUUGAUCUGUGGCCAGUCGAUAGUGGUUGCCGGGAAACGGUGUCCUGUGUCCAUCGCUCACCUCCUCAUCAUCGGGUUGGCGGUGGGGGGGGGGUUGGCGGACACAGCUAAUCAGCGUUAAAAGCAACCCCAACCCCCUCUCCUCUCCUGUCCUGCUCUUCCAUCGCUUCCUACAGGCACAUCAACGAGUACUUAGACAGCGUAGCGUCUGGACAGGCUCAGAAAAUGCUGACUCAUUGCACUAGACACAACGUUGUGCACAGAGUUCGUCCUUAUCAACACUCCUCUUCUCGUCUGCAACCCCCACACAGAGAGCCCAGAGGGAGUUAACCACUUCAAAGCUCAAGUAACCACUUCAAAGUUAAAAAAGUCGAGCGUACCUGAGUUUGCUUUACUUGAAAUCACAGUUUGGGUGAUUCAGCAGUUUGGGAGAUUCUCUGUGAGGUGACACUGAAGGGAGAUUGAAUUUAAUGCAGUUCAUUGUCUCUGGGCACAAAGCAGAGGAGAAGGAGUGAAAGGUUAGAAAAGAAAUCUGAAAUCUGUCGACGCUGAUUGAUGCAUGUUUGUGUGUGUGUGUCGAGGUGUUCAGUUAAUCAGCUCCACUCUCCAUAAGCAAGGCCUGUUUUCUGACUGUAAAUCUCCCACACUCCCUCCAUGCCCUCCCCUCCGCAUACUCAGCCCAGCCCUCGAAGCCCGAGGGGAUCAUAAUAACAACAAUGGCCUUCUCUCUCUCUCUCUCUCUCACUCUCUUUCCCUCCCCCCCUCUAUUUUCUCUCUCCCUAAUACGCACACACACAAACACAUUAUUGUCUUCCCUAACCUCACCUUCCUUCCCACCUCCCCCCCUUAUGAAACUAGUCCAGGCCAAGGUCCACAGCAGAGCCUGUUUUUAGAUCCACCUCCUUGUUCAGCAACAUUUAACACUGUUGGAAGUAUUCACAAAAAAA